AUGGCAGCCGUGCCAACAACGCCCGACGUCCUCGGCGACGUGUACGAGCCGGCCGAAGACACAUAUCUCUUCCUCGAUGCGAUCCAAGACGAGACGCCCUUCCUAGCCGACCUUAGUCCAUCGCUCGUGCUGGAGCUUGGCCCGGGCUCGGGCGUGGUUGGUGUCUACACCAUGAAGCAACUCGCGUCGAUCGAUCAGCCCGCGCUGCUCUUGGCGGUCGACAUCAACGACGAAGCGACGGCGUGCACAAAAGCAACCGCGCGACUCAAUGCCAUCCACAACAUUGAGAUUGUGCGCAUGGAUCUGCUCACACAACUGCAGCUGCGCCACCAAGUCGACGUGCUCCUCUUCAACCCGCCGUAUGUCCCGACGCCGUCCGAAGAAGUUGGCUCCACGGGCAUUGAGGCAGCGUGGGCCGGCGGCUUGCACGGGCGCGAGGUCAUUGACCGGCUCCUGCCCCUCGUUCAGCACCUCUUGUCGCCGAUGGGCGUCUUUUAUAUGGUCAUUGUGGCCGAGAACCGACCCAAAGACAUUGCGCGGAUCAUGGCUGCCAGCGGCUUUUCCACGACAGUCGUGCGGUCGCGCCAAGCGUUCAACGAACGCCUCUCCAUCCUUAAAUUUGCGCGGCAGUCGAUCCAGGAGGUCGUGGCCGAGGCGUAA